UCCUGCAUCAUUUUUCUCGCGGCGGGAAAAGAGUGAAAGCGCAUCACGAAUUGGCGGGAACAAAUCGCAGCCCUAAACAUUCCCAUAUAAAUCCACUCUCCCAACUCUGGUCUUCCAACUUCAAAUCCCCCAAUGGGAAAGACAAAGCGAGCUAGGGUUUCCGAGCAGAACCAAGCACCGGAAGCCGCAGAAGACGACCGCCAAAUGGACCCAGAUCACACCGCCUCUUCUAGUAACGACAAGACUCUCUACCAGAUUCUCGGCGUGGAGAGAAGCGCGUCUCAGCAGGAAAUCAAGAAGGCCUAUUACAAGCUGGCGUUGCGGCUCCAUCCCGAUAAGAAUCCUGGCGAUGAGGAAGCUAAGGAGAAAUUUCAGCAGCUACAGAAAGUGAUCUCGAUUCUCGGGGAUGAGGAGAAACGAGCAUUGUAUGACCAGACUGGGUGCAUCGACGACGAUGACCUUGCCGGUGAUGUUGCGCAGAAUUUGCGUGAAUAUUUCCGAGCUAUGUAUAAGAAGGUCACUGAAGCUGACAUUGACGAGUUUGAAGCGAAUUAUAGGGGAUCUGAUUCUGAGAGGAAAGAUUUGAUUGAGCUCUACAGCCAGUGCAAGGGCAAUAUGAACAGACUCUUUUGUUCAAUGCUUUGUUCAGAUCCUAAGCUUGAUUCUCACCGUUUCAAGGACAUUCUUGAUGAGGCCAUAGCUUCAGGAGAACUGAAAUCAACCAAAGCGUACACAAAAUGGGCAAAGAAAGUUUCUGAAACAAAACCUCCUACUAGUCCUUUAAAGAGGAAGAGCAAGUCAAGUAAACAAUCAGAGCCAGAUUUGUAUGCUAUCAUAUCCCAGCGCAGGAAUGAAAGGAAAGACCAGUUCGAGUCUAUGUUCUCGAACCUAGUCUCUAAAUAUGGUGGGAGUAAUGAUGCUUCAGAACCCACAGAAGAAGAAUUUGAGGCUACACAGAAAAAGCUUGAAAGUAAAAGGUCCUCCAGAAAAUCAAAGCGCAAGUAAAUUAUUGAUGAUGUGCUCAAAUUAUUGUCUAUCAGAACUUUAGUGUGUUAUGAUAGACAGUUUUAAAUGCCUCCCUCAUGUAUGUGACUUUUCCGUAGGUUAAUGGUUUUAGAUGUUAUUGUCCGAUGCUGUACUUAGAAGUACGCAUACGGGGAAAAACUUGCUGAAAAAUAUCUACUCCCUCUCGUUCU